AUGGCUGAUUCUAGCAUGAAUCUCCUCUACACAAUUGGUGGCUACGCCGCCAUCGCUGGCGUCGGCUUGACCGUCUACCACUUCUCCACCAGGCCCAGUGCUAAGAGACGAGCUGCCGCUGCAAAGGCUAAGGCCGCCCAGCCUGAAGUCCGCAAAGACGACAGGAAGAAGAAGCAGCGCAUGGAGGCUUUUGCGCAAGAGGUGCAGUCUGCCCCCAAGACUGCCCCCCCUGAAGUCAAGGAACCCCCGGCCAGCACCUCCAGCGCCCGUGACACCAUGGACGACUCUGCUGCCAACCGCGAGUUCGCCAAGCAGCUUGCGAAGGCUCAGGAAGGCACCAAGUUCGCUGGCAGAUCUGAUGCCAAGCAGCGCGAGAAGUCCGUCAAGCAGUCCAAGGCCGUCCACAUUGAUGGUGUUAAGGCCACCAACGGUGCCACGGCUACCCAGACUACCAAGGCAACCAAGGCCGAAGCCAAAGCUCCCGCUGCCGCUCCCGCUACCCCUGUUGAGCCAGAGACAGCUGUAAAAGUCGAAGAGCCGGCCGAGGAAGAGACCCAAGCCGUGCCCGCCGAAGCUGGCCGCGUCGACGACAUGCUCGAGCCCAAGGUCGCUGCCCCCUCUGUUCUGCGUCUCACCGAGUCCAAGUCUACGGAGCAGAAGAAGAAGGAGAGCAAGCCCGCUGAGAAGGCCGAGACCAAGAAGCAGCGCCAGAACAGAAAGAAGGCCGAAGCCGCCAAGGCUGCCCGCGAAGAGGCCGAGACUGAGCGCAAGACCCUCGAGGAGAAGCAACGUCGCCAGGCUCGUGUUGCCGAAGGCCGUGCUGCCAAGGACGGCUCCCAGUUCACCAACGGUGCCGCCGCUGCAUGGAAGCAGGGCGCCCCCAACGGCGUUCCCAAGACCAAUGGUGACCUCCACGCACCUCUCGACACGUUUGAGCACGCCCCUGCCCCUGCCCAGAAGACCAACGGCGCCGCCACCGCUGCGCCUGCUGUAGUUGAGCAGCAUGUCGAGCAGGAGGAAGAAUGGAGCACUGUCAAGACGAAGAGCUCCAAGAAGAAGGCAGCUGCCGCCAGCAACUCGGGCGAUGAGGAGCCCGCCGCUGCCCCCGUGGUGGCCCCGAAGACCGCUUCUGUAACGAAGCAGGCCGCCCCCAAGACCAACGGCAACAGUGCCAACACCAAGCAGGCAUUUGGUGGCUCGUUCUCCGCCCUGACCAACGGCGAUGCUGACGAAGAGGAGGAGGAGUGGGAUGUCUAA